AUGAUGCAGCAGGUAAUUGGGUCCAAUGCGAAAAUAAAUGAGAGGGUAGAUGCACAUGACACAACUAUCAAAAAUAUUGAGGUACAGGUAGGCCAAAUUGCUAUGUCUUUGAAUAAUCGUCCUCAAGGGACAUUGCCUGCAGAUACUCAAACAAAUCCUAGGGAUCAGGGCCCAAAGCAGCUGAUGGCAGUGAGUCUCCGAAACGGGAGAGAUCUUGAUGUAGAACAAGAAAGAGAUCGUGAGAAUGUGCAGACCGAGACGCUUGUUCAGGUACCUAUCGAACUGGAUGAAUCCACAAGGCUGACAAAUGUUACAGUUCAUCCCGUUCUUGAAGAACAAAAUAUUCAGCAAGAGCCUGAGAAAGCUACUGAAAUAGUUGCAGAACCAGCUGAGGAGAUAGUGGUUGAAAAGCCAAAGUCCCAAGUUCUUGGGAAGAAAUUACCACCUGCACCAUUCCCCAGAGACUGGCCAACCAUCAAAAGGAAGAACAGUACAAGAAGUUCUUUGAGAUGCUCAAGCAGAUUCAGACCAGUUGCUGAGAAGCUCUCUGACCCAGGGAGUUUCACUAUUCCUUGCACUAUUGGUAACUUCGCCUUUGCUAAGGCACUCUGUGAUUUAGGGGCCAACAUUAAUCUCAUGCCCCUGGUUAUUUAUAAGAGGUUGGACAUUGGGAGAGCCAGACCCACCUCUAUGCUGCUGCAGCUGGCAGACAGGACGGUUAAGCGUCCAUUUGGGAUCCUGGAUGAUGUACUGAUUCAGGUAGGGAAGUUCGUCUUCCCUGCAGAUUUUGUGAUCUUGGACUGCAAGGUAGAUAAGGAAAUUCCUAUCAUUUCAGGAAGACCGUUCUUAGCCACUGGGAGAGCUUUAAUUGAUUGUGAGACUGGGGAGCUUAAGAUGAGGCUCAAUGAUGAAGAGAUUAUUUUCAAUGUGCAAAAAUCGAUGAGACAUCCCAGGGAGUUCGCAAAUUGCUCUCUCAUUGAUGAUAUUGAUGUGAUUGUUGAGUCAGAUGAUGAAGCAUUGACUGCAGAGGAUCCCCUGCUGGCAUGUUUGACAAAUUUGGAAGAUGUAAAUGGUGAAGACUUGGCAGAAUGGGUAUUAGCAUUAGAGGGUAGGUGGUUUUGGAACCGAAGUCUAGAAUUUGAACCCCUACACCUAGAAAAAAGAGAGAGCCCUCCAGAAAAACCAUCCAUUGAAGAACCACCAAAGCUGGAGCUAAAGCCAUUGCUAGCUCACCUCAGGUAUGAAUUUCUCGGUCCUAACUCUACUAUACCUGUUAUUAUCUCAUCAAGUUUGCUAGAUGUGUAG